CUAAAAUGAGCUUUAUUUGUGAGCCGAGCUGGAACGGGAAGAGCCAACUGAAUGUUCGAGGGCGCGUUGGAAAGGUCUCGGCAAGUCAGAUCGGAACGUACCAAACACCACCCCCCGCCUUGCGAAUACCGGUGACGAUUGACAAAAAUGCGCAUUUUUGGCAAGAGCGUCCCGGGAGUGGGGCCAGCUCAAGCUCGACAGUGAGACUGGUCGAUCGCACCCUCGAUUACCUGACUGAGACGUUGGACGGCCUGGCGGUGGUCGAAAGUGUCUUAGGUCUACCGAUCACAUACAAAUAAAGGAGGUUUUUCGUGCGUCGAGCCGGAACGGGAAGAGCCAGCUGAAUGAUCGGGGGCGCGUUGGAAAGGUCUCGGCAAGUCGGAUCGGACCGUACCAAACACCACCCCCCGCCUUGCGAAUACCGGUGACGAUUGACAAAAACGCGCAUUUUUGGCAAGAGCGUCCCGGGAGUGGGGCCAGCUCAAGCUCGACAGUGAGACUGGUCGAUCGCACCCUCGAUUACCUGACUGAGACGUUGGACGGCCUGGCGGUGGUCGAAAGUGUCUUAGGUCUACCGAUCACAUACAAAUAAAGGAGGUUUUUCGUGCGUCGAGCCGGAACGGGAAGAGCCAGCUGAAUGAUCGGGGGCGCGUUGGAAACGUCUCGGCAAGUCGGAUCGGACCGUACCAAACACCACCCCCGCCUUGCGAAUACCGGUGACGAUUGACAAAAACGCGCAUUUUCAGUCAGUGCGUGCCGCGAAUGCGGCCAGCAGAAGCUCGACAGUCAGACGGGUCUAUCGCGCCGCGAUCGAGUCCCGGUUCAGUAGUCAUUCGACCGAGCGCGAGAGUCGACAGUGUCUAAGUCUACCGAUCACACACAGAGAUAUCGAGGAUGAUAAGUACGAGUCGAUGUCCACUAAUGGGGUUCAAGUGCGACGAUGUGUGACAGAGUCUGAGAUCGGUGAAAGGAGGUUGACUUCUUAUACUGUACAACUGAAGGUCAGUAAAGGCACGCAUGGUGUCCGCAAUGUUCAAACACUCGUCAGAUGAAGUGCAUGGAGGACAGAGCAGAUCAGUGGCCGUGGUGGUUCCAGUUAUAUCAUAAGUAUACCGAUCACACAUAGACACAAGUAGGUUAAUCGGGUGCCGAGCGAGAACGGAACGGGCCAGCUCGGGGAUCGAGGGCGCGUUGGAAAGGUCUCGGGCAGUCGGAUCGGACCGUACCAUACACCGACCCCAACCUUCCGAAUACCGGUGACGAUUGGAAAAAAAGCGCAUUUUUGGCAAGAGCGUCCCGGGAGUGGGGCCAGCUCAAGCUCGACAGUGAGACUGGUCGAUAGCACCCUCGAUUACCUGACUGAGACGUUGGACGGCCUGGCGGUGGUCGAAAGUGUCUUAGGUCUACCGAUCACAUAUGGGGGAAAUAGUGGUAAUACAUUAAGUCGACCGAUCACAUAACGUUACGUCGACGAAUUUUUGCCUAUUUGUCUAUCCUUGUGAGCAUUUACCUUAUCACACUUUUUUUUAAUCGCAACUCUUGCUGAUUUCAUGGAUAGGAACCUAUUGCGGACAGUUUGGGAAACUAUUUGCACGAUCAUCCCUUCUUAGCGAUUAAUUGCACAUGGACAAAAAAAUAGAUGAUGCUAGCCUGCCGGUAGUCGGUAACAAAUAAGAAUAUAAGGCCGCGUAUUUCUCGCAAAUACCACCCGACAUACUGGCGAAGUAUUUGCUUAUAGGUAGACAUAUCACUGUGAUCCGUAGAUGCUAAUGAUGUAUUCGAAAAGAGAAGAGCAGAAGGGGAGGCAGAGGAUGAGGGAGGAGGCAGCGGCGUUGCAGGUUGAAGCAGAGAUGGACAGGCGGCAGGAGGAGGCGGAGGUGGGUGUGGCGUUGGCAGGAAGGAGGGGAAGGAAGAUGAGGUGGAGGGCGAGGAGGAGGGCAGCGGCGGAGCAGGGGCAGCAGGGAGAGGCGGUGUUGGUUGGGCAGGAGAAGGACAAGACGGCGGUGGUUGGUGAGGAGAUGACAGGGGCGGAGAAGAAGAAGAAGAGGAGGCGCAGGAGAAGGAAGGGAAAUGGGCAAUCGGUGGAAAUUGAGAAGAUUGAGGGGCAGGCAGAGGAGACGAUGGCGGCGGCGGUGACAGCGGAGGACGGACAGGGGCAGGGAGAGUCAGAGGAGAUGGUGGUCAAGGAGGAGGAGGCGGCGGCGGUGGGCAUGAACAGGCUCAAUCAAACCGAUCCUGCAACAUUUUCAAUUUUGCCGUGUUGGGCUUUCUUUAGGGAUUCUGUAUUUAUCUAUUUUUUGACAGGAGACACGUUGGCCGCGGAGAAGAAGAAGGCGAAGAAGGUGAAAAAGAGGAAGUAUGAAGAGGUGGAACGUGAGGAGAUUGAGGGGCAGGCUGAGGAGACGAAGGAGGUGGUGGAGGAGGAAAGGCCGUUGAGGGACUGGACGACAAUAGAGCUGUUCCAGCAGUCGGGCAGCUUAGCUGGUGAUUUAGCUGGUAAGAGUUUUGUUACUUUUAAGAACCUGCAUGUAUGUAGACUUGUGACACAUAAUAAUUUAAUACGUGAUUGUAAACUUAACCAGAUUAUAGUAAAGGGAUCGGCGUGGACGGUAACUUGCACUUUCCAGUACCGUCCAUGAACAGGCUCAAUCAAACCGAGCCUGCAACAUUUUCAAUUUUGCCGUGUUGGGCUUUCUAUAGGGAUUCUGUAUUUA